AUGAUGCAGAGGUCGUUCAUACUUUGCUGCCUGAAAACCAGGGUCACCAUCCAGGAAAUGGCAAGAGCUCGUUUGCGGUGCCUCCUGAACGCUACCACAACUUCGCUCUCCAUCAAUCGCCUUCGCAAGUUCUUGGUCUCUUGCGCGUCCGUCCUGUCUGUCGGACUGAGCAACCAACCAACCAUGGCGGCGCCCGUUCGCGCGUGGCUGGUGGUGAUGGCGCUGGCGUGCGCGCUGCUGCUGCUGCUGCGGUCCUCGGACGCGGCUCCCGACGCCGGCGAGGCGGUGUCGUCGGGAGCCGCGAAGCCCAAGUGCGUGGCCGGCGCCAAGAACGACAAGGCGUGCCGCGUCGGCAUCGGGCACGACCCGGAGAACCAGGAGGAGGAGGGGUCGUUCAGCGUGGGCGACGUGAAGGCGCCCUCCGGCGCGCCCGACGCCGAGAGCGACGACGACUACAACGACCCCGACGUGCCCAACGACGGGCUCAUCGUCGCGGGGCAUUGA